AUGUUCCUACAACGAGCGAUGAAACAGGCAAUACUAAUAGUGGCGGCUAUUCUAGCUUAUUCGCAGGGAGCUAAUGCACUGCUGUAUAAAGAUAUAGUAAACAUAGAAAAUUACUGGAGCAAGCGGCUGACUCUUAUAGAAACAGAGGCUCAAAUCCGCAGCGAUUUUCUCAGCAAGGCAGGAACUUUCUCAUCAGAGAACAUACCAGACACUAUUUUCAAGAAAGAUAUAAAAGACGGGAAAGAAAACCUAUCCAAGAUAGAAACAGAUCUAUUAAUUUUUAAAGAGAGCGUAGAAAAUAUAAAAGAAGCGAUAAAAAUAAUAAUGGGCUUAAAUGCCAACACAAAGUGGCGGCUUGAGGUUUUUAGGAUCGGAGAGUUUAUGCACCAGACAAAUAGGGCACACGAUAGCUUAGAGGUGCUACUUCUGCCAGCUCUUGAGAAGGGCGAUGCAGUGGCUGACAAAAUAAAAGAGUUUGAUUCGCACAUGCUGGCAGCAAUAGAAAAGUACAGCAGUAAAAUAAAGGAUGGAAAUACCGAUGUAUCCAAGCUGGCAGUCUUUGAGCUGGCAAAGAGCAAUAAGCCGCUGUGUGCAGCCAUAAUCUAUUCUAUUUUCAGGAUUGAGCCUUUUAAAUCAGGCGCUGCUAUAGUAUAUACAAUGACCUAUCUAGAGAAAAAUCUGAAAAACUAUCUUUUUUUCACAGACUUCUCGCGUUACAUCCAAGGCAUGAUGGGCGAUGUGAAUAAAGGCGGUGAUGCCCUAUUGGAGAUAGCGGAUAGGAAUCUACACCUGUUGUUUGAAAGACAUGGGGUUGCUGCAGAUGUGAUGAACAUUUAUCUUAGUCUGGUAAAAGAAGGCAUCUCUAAAACAGAAAUAAAUCAGUGCAAGGAUAUUACGCCCGGGCAGAUCAUGAAGAUACUUAUAGUAGAGUACAUAAUAAACGGGUGCUCCAUGGACUUUAGAAGAAACGACCUACUUUUCAAUCUUGGGGAGGUAAUAGCAAGUGUAGGAAGAGCAGCAAGCGACAGCGCUAAUGUUCAAGAAGACAUGAAAAAAGCGAGAGAAAAACAAGAUGAAAUACUUGACGCUCUGCACCUUUUGUGGAACAACCGCGAAUUUAAAGAAAAAAAACAAGAAAGUGAUCUUGAGUUUUUCUGCGAGAACAAUGACAUAAAAGCGUCUGACUUUGAAACUGUGCAGAGCGGCUUUAUGUCUGCUAUAUGGAUGUACAAACUGAAAAUAGAGAGCCCAGAUUCAAAAGAGCUUGCUAAUGACCAAAAACUGCUGAAAAAAGUGUGCUUUGACAUGUCGUACACACACCCCAUUCUCUACAUAUACAAAAGAUGCGAGGACAUGAGCCAUAUGGUUAAGAAAGGCCUUAAAUCGAAUGAAAAACAUUUCAUAAGCAGGGAUAUACUGCGCACUGUUACACUUAGACCAUACAGAAUAGGCAAGACAGAUAGAAAUUCAGUGCGCGCAGAAAAUAUAAGAGACUGCAUUCGGAUAUGGUUUGCAAAAAGAAUCGAAGUUAUCUACAGAAAAGAAGACGGGGAGGAGUAUUAUAAUGUAGCCAGAGAAUUUGAAACACACUUGAAUAGAUCGCAGUACGUGAUUAGAGCAAUAAAAGGGUAA